UCUGGUGAGGGUUUGGCAACGCCACAUAAACAACGGGUAAUAAAACCACAAGGUCCAGAAGUUACUGCGCUACCAGCUUCCACCACGGGUUUGUCAUGAAGUUGGGUUGAUACAAGAUUGUAACGAAUUAAGAUACUGCACAGUGGCAAAUCAGUAUGUCUGACCCUAUAACAUUAAAUGUAGGAGGAAAGCUAUACACCAGUUCUCUGGCAACAUUAACACGUUAUCCAGACUCGAUGUUGGGUAUCAUGUUCAGCGGGAAAAUGCCCUCAACUAGUGAUCAGCAUGGUAACUUCUUCAUUGACAGAGAUGGGAAAAUAUUUCGAUACAUUCUAAAUUUUCUGCGCACAUCAAAUCUCGACCUCCCAGAUGAUUUUCAAGAAGUGGGGCUCUUGAAAAGAGAAGCUGAUUUUUACCAGAUCCAGCCUUUGAUACAUGCUUUGCAGGAGAGAGAAUCUGAAAAUGCCAAAGCAGAAAGGAAUGCAAUGCUGAACAUUACUCUUGAUCAGAGAUUGCAGACUGUUUACUUUACAGUUAAACCAGCCCCACAGAUGUACAAUCUAACCUCGUGUAGCACAGAGGUCUUUGAUGCAAAUAUAUUUUGCACGUCAGCUGAAUUUUUGAAACAUUUGAGCUCAAAGUUUUGUUACUUUGUGAAUGGUAAACUUUUACCAAGUGGCUAUGAGAAAAAGGAUCCAUAUCAUUUGACACUACAAUGGGUUGGACAUGUGGCUGUGCUGCCUGAAGAUGAAUAUACAAGACAAAAUUUAAAAAGAUUAUGGAUUGUACCUACAAAUGAGCAAGUUAACAAUUUUCAGAUAUUUGUAGAGGAAGUGUUAAAAACAGCAAUGAGUGAUGGAUUCCAUGUGGAUUCAUUACAGCCUGAUUCCUCAGAUUUUAUGAAUUAUAAGGUGCUACGUUUAGUCCGGUAUAAGUAAAACAUGUCGUAUAAACUGUUAAUUAUUACAUGUUUCUUACUGUGUAACAGUAAAAGCCUUAAGCUUCCCUCUCAUCCCCUAAACUGUAUGGCACUUUAGGUUCAGGAUUGCUGCAUUUAUCUAUGCUGUGUUUAUUGCUUUAAACAAUGAAAGUCUAACAAUGCAAAAUGUGUGCCAGUAGUUUAUUUAAUCAUAACACUGGCAGACUCUGCCACUAGUUCAAACAAUUUAGUUGCACCCUGACUUUUGGAGUUAUUUUAUGACUGUGUAGAUAGUGUUUUGCACUGGAUUUUUAAUGUUCACAUUUUUGAGAAGAAAUAUACAGUUUGGAAUAUUCUAAUAUUGCCCUGAUUUAAUGUUCCGUUUUUGGAAAAUUAUCUUUGAUAAUUCAAUAUCAAAUAUUUUGUUGGACAUUGAGGCAUACUGUACAUAACAGUUAACGUACACAAACCAAACCUUAAAGGAUUUAUUUAAUGGCAUAAUUGUUUGGUAUCAAGCCUUCUUACAGAAUCAUAAAAUUUUACGGUACAGAAGGAGGCCAUUCGGUCCAUUGUGGCUGUAUUGGCUCCCGAAAAAGCUACCCAGCUAGUCCCAUUCUCCAGUCCUCUAAAUUCAUAGUUCCAAAUUUAUAUCAUGCUCUCUUUUGAAGCAUUCAAAAUGCUUUUGAAUAAUUUUAUUGGGGAUGCAGUUGAUUUAGGGCACAAUGUCUGAAUUUACAGCAUGUUUAAAAAUAACAAAACUCUGGAUUAAAGCUGGAAAUUUCUCAUAGUACCUGUCAUUCAUUUCUGUAGGUUUGUCUCGGUGAUUAGGUAUUGUGCUGUUUCAUUCUGUAUUUCAAGAAAUUUAACCACUGGCAUUUAAUUUUAAAACAAAUGGUCCCAAAUAUUUUAUUCUGCCUUUCAGCUCUGUAUUAUACUUAUCCUGAAGAUUUACUUAGAUAUGAUUUAAAAACAAGUAAUUUUCGUGAUUUGUAGUGAGUUAAUUAAUAUACUUCGAAAUAACAUUAUUAGCAUAAAUCAAUACAUUAACUAUGGGUGGGAACAAAGGAAACAGGACAACUUAGCAGAAUUUCCAUUAUGUGAACAAUGGCUCUUGCCACGUUGCAUUUAUUCAGAUAAUUUGCAAAUAUGAAACAUUUAAACAAAAAGUGUGCAGGAUUUGAUUUUCCAGAUUAUUUAGAAUUUUUUUCUUAAUAAUAUAACUUGGUAGUACACAAAAUUAGUAUUUCUGUAAAAAAAAAAGCAAAUUUCAUAAAAACUCUUCACCUGGCGUUAAUCAGGACGUUUUGCAAGAUUAUAAUUUCAAGGGGAAAUGAAGAUUUCUGUUACAUGAGAAGAAAGUGCAGAUUGGUUGGUAAAUUGUUGGUAACAGUGUUGCCAUGGAGAAUAUACCCAUUAAACUUGCUAUCAGUUAAUACCUAGGCUUUGUUAAAUUUUAUUUUCCUGAAAAACCAACAAAAUACGUGAUAGGCAUUUACUUGUUUAAGUGAAACAGGUGCAAUGUACAUAAAAGGUGCCUGGCCUGCUGUGUUCCUCCAGCUCCACACUGUGUUAGCAAUGUUCAUAAAUAUUCUUUCUGCCUACAAAGAACAGGGCCCUGGCCCUGUGCAUUAAUGUAUGUAGCUUCUAAUACAUGCAAGUAUGCCUCACUGAGAGUCUGACUGACAAUUCUAAAUUGGUUGUCAGGGUAAUUCCUUGUAUACUCAGGAUCAUUCAGUAAAUGUUGUCCAAUUGCAGAUCUAAUAUUAAGCACUAUGUGAGUUUUGCGAUCGUAAGCCAGUUGGCUUUGAUCGCUACCUCGCUUGCUGACGACAGUGAGAGACAUGCUAUUUGAUACAACCUUGUAGUCUUUGGGAUGUACAACCUACAUAUCUUAACUGACAUCACAGUGGUGCUGAAAUUCACAUACCACAUCACUGAUUUAUAUGAUGGGCAGAAUGUCUUUUUGGCUUGAUGGCAGCAUCAUCCCGUUAGUGGUGAAUACCAUUAGCUGCUACUAUAUAGAGUGAAACAGCAAGUUUCACCUAUUGGUCAACCAUUUGAGAUACCACACCCUUGUAGGAAAAUCUGAGGUAGACUGGGCACUUCUCAGGACCAACAGUGACUGCCUUAGGGCCUUCGACAAGUACAAUACACAAAACAUGAUCUGAUCAGGUUAACAAUUUUCUUGCAGGAUAGCUUUGCACCCAAUUUCUGCAUCAAGCUUGCACAAUGAAUAAAUGGUUUUGGCCCUAUUUAAGAAGUUUAGAUAAAGUCAAUCAUUUAGCACUCAGAACUGUAGGAAUCCUAAUGCAUAUACUAAUUAGUGAACAUAGGUUUGUGGUAGACAAUAAUUGAGAACAAAUCCUGACUGAUUGCGCAACUAGGACAUUUCAUGUGAAUUUGUGCACAAGGUGGAGCUCAUUAAGGAAGUUCUUCCAUGUGGUUGUGGAUUCAAAUAUAGCAAAUGUAUCACUGCUAUCGACACUAUGUGAGGCAUAUAAGGUUAGGUAUCAUUCCAUUAAAAAGAUGUUUCUCAUGAAACCCAACAUAAGGUAUUUGCAAGUGCUGGGCCUACUGGGGCUCCCAUGGCAACACCAUCUUUUUGGGCACACAGUAUCAAUGAAACUGACAUGGCAUGAUUGCUCAGUGGUUAGCACUCCUGCCUCACAGUGCCAGGGACCUGGGUUCAAUUCUAGCCUUGGGUGACUGUCUGUGUGGAGUUUGCAUGUUCUCCCCGUGUCCGCAUGAGUUUCUGAUGGGUACUCCGGUUCACUUCAACAGUCCAAAGAUGUGCAGGUUAGAUGGAUUGGCUGUGCUAAAUGUAGGGUUAUAGGGAUAGGGUAGGGGCUGGGUUUGGGUAAGACACAUCGACCCUCUGCACAGACUCUUUCUGCACUGUAGGGAUUCAAUUGCACAAGUUGUGUUGUUCAUAAGUUCAACAAAUAUUAAUUCACUUAAAGUGUCUUAUCUAGAUCACCAUGAUAUCGUGCUGCAGUGCAGAUGUCAAUGGCUUCUUUGAGUGGUACAUUGGUGAGUAGGCUAGCUAAGCCAAAUAAGCACAUGAACACUGCAUUCCUAUCCAUAUACAAGUCCUGUAUGGUCACAGAGUCAUAGUUAUACAGCACAGAUAUAGACCUUGCAGUCUAAUUUGUCGCACCGACCAGAUAUCCUAAACUGAUCUAGUCCCAUUUAUCAGUAUUUGGCCUUAUCGCUCUAAAUCCUUCCUAUUCAUGUACCCAUCUAGAUGCUUUUUAAAUGUUGUAGUUGUACCAGCCUCCUCCACCUCCUCUGGCAGCUCAUUCCAUACAUGCAUCACCUCUGCAUGAAAAGGUUAUCUCUUGUGUCCCUUUUAAAUCUAUCUUCUCUCACCUUAAACCUAUGCCCUCUUGUUUUGGACUCCCCUACCCUGGGAAAGGACCAUGCCCCUCAUAAUUUUAUAACCCUCUGUAAGGUCACCACUCUGCCCUGACUCUCCAGGAGAAAAAACUCCCUAUAGCUCAAAUCCUCCAACCGUAACAACAUCCUUAAAUCUUUUCUGUACGCUUCCAAGUUUAACAACAUCUUUUCUGUAAGCCUUCACUUUUACAGAGAUCUUGCUCAAAACUGGUUGUAUCAGUUUACCCAACUAUUUGACCGGUUCAUGUUGUACAGAACCUUAUCACAAAUGUCACCUGGCAGCUCAUUGUUCUUGCACAAGUCCAGUAAGCACUUUCUUUGCUUGCUUUUAAAUUAGGCUGUCCAGUCAUUCUGAGCGACAGGUCCAACAGUGAUAAAUUUGGACCUAUCAUUAAGAAUGGUGUUGAUUUUGUCGAUGUUGUCAUGCUCAUUAAGGAUGACUAUGCCAGUCUCUUCGUCAGGUUCACUAGUAUGCAUGCCUAUGUUGGCCUUGAGCCUUGCAAUGCUGCCAGAAACACUCAAUGCAUGUGAAGUUUGGACAAGUAAUUUGAAACCCGCUCACCUUCAAGGAUUCACUGUCUUGUUAGUAAAAUAACUUGUAUCAGAGGAGCUGUUGUGAAAAAGAUUUAUCUACUUUGAAAAAAAUAGUCAUGCAAGCUGUUAUUGGUGUCCAGGAGUUUUGUGGGAGAUAAGUAACAUUCAGAAUAAAGACAAUUGCAUAACGUAAUUCUGAUCAUAAAUGUUUUCAUUAUUACAGGGACACAUGUAUAUACUCCUUAUUUGCUCACAAAAUACCUAACAAUUUAGGCUAUGAAAAGAAAAUGGACAAAAAUAGGAAGUAAGAUGAUAAAGUUCCUCGGUAAUUUUAAAACAAUUUAAAUAAGAUUCUGAUUGGGCAACUGGCUAGAAUAGGAUUUGAAAACAAAAUGAAAGGGCCAAAGUAGAAGGAAGACAUAUUGACAAUUAUAAGAUUGGUAGUCAUCGAUGUAUGACCACUGGAAUUUUUUGUGACAUCUUGACAUUUGAGAAAAAAACCCUUUUACACAAAUUUUAUUUCUCAACAGGAGUUGAAACUAGCCUUGCCUAGACAAAUAACAAAUGGAAGUAUCUUGGGUCGAUUACUCAAAGCAGCAGUUUAACACAUUGUGUCCACCUCACAAGACUAGAACCUAUCAUCAAUCUUAAAGUUCUAACUGCAAUUAUUCAUAAUGAUCUCCUCUUAGAUUAAAGAAGGCACAUGUUUGUCCAUGAAUAUAACUCCAUUUGAAAGGAGUAUUCUGUCUUGGUAAGAAUAUUUCAGGGCCUUGACAUCACAUGGGCUACCACUAAAUCCAGAUUUCUUAUCUAAUUUUGCAGCAUACUUUCAAAUAAAUGUCCAUGCAAAGGCUAUUUCAUUCCUGAAAAUUUGCCUAGGCUGUAUUACUGUUGUUAUCUAUUAUUUGGACAAAGUUUAGAUUUGUUGCUUUUGGAAACAUGGACAAGUACAUUUUCAGUUCAUCAAAGAUAGUUAUGUCCCCAGAAUUAUGGUCUUGAGACUAAAAUUUGGAUGAACUUGAGAUGUUAAUGACUGUGGGAUGGAAAGUUCACGAAGCUUGGAUUUGAAUUCAUAAAGUGGGAACCUCCCUAGAUGAAAUCUAGUUUAAUGUACGUUUGUAAUGAGAUUGCUGACACCACGAAAGUACUUAGUAUGCAUGUGCAAACUGUCCUUGUGCAGUAUUCCUGCCAAUACUGCAAGUGAUGUAAUUCCAUUCUGUUUGCUCAAAUUUAUUGUGCACAUUUGGACACUGCCUUUUUUUAAAUUGGUGGAUCGUUUCACAAAGUCUGCAUGUGCAGAAUUUUCUGUCUGCGCAAUUGUGAACCUUUUGGGGAUGUCAUGAGACAUUAUCGUUUGUAAUGCUGUAUUGAACAGAUUUGUAUUUGACAUACAUACACCAGCACAUUCUACAUGAGAACUGAUUUAGAUGCAUUUUUAAAAUAUUUGAUUUAAUUUGUCAUCCUAAGAUUUAUAUGCACUAUUUGACAGCAGAUCCAUAUACAGAAAGUAAA